AUGUCAACGAUCAAGGAACUGCUUAUAGAGAGUCUCGCUGCCGAAGAUAAGCGCUCUCAGAAUAAGAUCACCAUAGUUGGGUCAGGUGCCGUAGGCAUGGCUUGCGCUAUUUGUAUCUUAUUGAAGGACUUGACUGAUGAACUUGCCCUAAUUGAUAUUUCAGAGGACAAACUGAGGGGAGAAAUGUUGGAUCUUCAGCAUGGCAGCCUUUUCUUUAAUACUUCAAAGAUUGUCUCUGGAAAAGAUUACAGUGUAUCUGCGAACUCCAAACUAGUUAUUGUUACAGUAGGUGCCCGGCAGCAGAAAGGAGAGAGCCGCCUGUCCCUGGUCCAGCGUAAUGUGAAUAUUAUGAAAGCAGUCAUCCCCCACAUAGUGAAUGAAAGCCCUGACUGUAAGAUACUUGUCGUGACAAAUCCAGUGGACAUUAUGACACACGUGGCCUGGAAGCUAAGUGGUUUAUCUGCCAGUAGCGUCAUUGGAAGCGGUUGUAAUCUCGACUCUGCCCGAUUCCGUUACUUGGUGGGAGAGAAACUCGGUGUGCAUCCCACCAGUUGUCAUGGUUGGAUUAUUGGCGAACAUGGAGAUUGUAGUGUGCCCUUGUGGAGUGGAGUGAAUGUUGCCGGUGUCCCUCUGAAGACUCUGAACCCUCAUUUAGGAACUGACGCAGACAAGGAAAACUGGAAAAGUGUCCACAAAGAAGUGAUCAGCAGUGCUUAUGAAAUUAUCAAGAUGAAAGGGUACACCAACUGGGCUAUUGGACUGUCUGUGACAAAUUUGGCAUUAUCAAUUCUGAAGAAUCUUCGGAGAGUGCAUCCAGUGUCCACUGUUGUUAAGGGCCUUUAUGGAAUAAAAGAAGACAUUUUCCUCAGUGUCCCUUGUGUCUUGGGGCGGAAUGGGGUAUCAGACAUUGUGAAAGUUAACUUGAGCCCCGAGGAGGAGGCCCUUUUUAAAAAGAGCGCAAAAACACUGUCCAGUAUCCUGAAGGACCUUGAAUUUUAAAGCCUUUUCAUGCGCCAUGGUUCUGA